UAAAACUAAUAAAGCAAUGAAAAUGAUAGUCAAGAUUCAAGCGAUUUCUCUCAUAUUUCAAUAUUCAAUAGUGCAGUAUAAUGACGUUUUAGGGUACGUACAAAACUAUCCUGACCAUAGUUAUGAUUAUCAUCACUACGGAAAUGAUCAUUACGAUCAGCCGACACGAAAAAUACGAAAGCUGAGUCGGCAUCGGAAAAAAAUUCAUCGAAUCAACGGAGAUAGAUACCUGAAGAGAAUCAAAUACAGAAGUAGCUACGAAGAUUAUGAUUGCAAAUGUUCUUGUAGAAAUUGUGCAAAAUUAAAACAAUGCUGCAUAGAACAAUGUUCUGAAUGUCAAAAUGGAGCGAAUCUUAUGUACGUUCCGUAUCCAGUUCCGGUAGUAAUUGAUGUUCCAAGCAUUAUUCCUCCACUACCAAUUACUCCUGUAACAACGAAAGCGCCAUGUUCAACUACUACCACGACGACAACAAUACAAACUACGGUACAAACUUCGUCAACACAACCACCAUAUUUGCCUGACGAUAAACCCUGCGCAGCUUUGGCGAAUUGCAAAGAAAAUUAUGACAAACGAUACUACGUAAGAAAUAAUUAUCAAAGACUAUUAUCGAAUAGAUUCGACGCUUAUCAUGAUAGAGAAAUAAGACCAACAGUGUCAAUUUACGAAUUUUCCAAUAAUAAUAAAGCUUUAAGGCCAAAAAAUCGCCCUUGGUUCUCCCAAAAUGGAUAUUCGCCGUUACGUAAUAAUUUAGCAAUUAAAUUUGGAUCAGAAAUACGAAAUUAUAAAUAA